AUGGCAUCGGUGGCGUCGGCCGUGGAGCGUCUCGUAGCCCUCAUCCCCGAACCGAUUACGACGCCAAAACCGGUGAUAGUACAACCGAAUUUCCCGAGACCGCCCCCGGUGUCGAGCUACGAGUUCAACCCGAUUGGGCCCACGAGGGGGCCGCUGCCCUCGAGGCGGCCAUUCUUUUCGACCACGUCUUCAAAACGCCAGAAGAGUGCCCCAGAGGUCCUCCAGGUCCUCCUGGAGAACGAGGAUCCGAUGGAUCGGCUGGAGAAGACGGAAAACCCGGCCCCGCCGGAAAUGACGCCGAAGACUUGCAGUUGGAGCCUCCCCAGCACGCCGGCUGCACCACUUGCCCCCAGGGACCCCCCCGGCCCGCCUGGUGCUCUUGGAAAGAAGGGCCGCCCGGGCGAUCGAGGAGCUGAUGGAGAAGCCGGGCAAGAGGGCGCCGAAGGACCAGCAGGAGAUCGAGGAGAGGAGGGUGAACCGGGUGCCGACUCGGAAUAUUGCCCGUGCCCGCAUCGCGUCUACUCCCGCGUCGAGCUGCUCCGAUCGAUUGUG